AUGCGAAAAGUUCGAGAUGAUAAACAACCCGACUGUCAGGGCUGCAUUCGACGCGGCAGAUCAAUUUUUACGUCCCAUUUUAGACCGAGGCAGGCAAAUGAAUUUAUUCCUAGUAUAGGUGCUAAUGAAAUUCGAAAGAGAGCUGGGAGCUCCAUUAUCGAAAUUCUAAGUCGUGAUCUUUCACCCUCUACAGACGAUGAUGCUCAGAUUCGCUUUUCGGUAAUAGAAGAAGCGCUUCGCCAUCUUGAGAGCAUUAAUAGUGCUCUAGUGUCCGCAGUAAAUGUUGGCAAUGAGGCUCAGCAACAACCGGAAGAUGAUCGUGAAGAUGCCAAGGGACGUCGAGUCAUCUAUACGUUGCUAGAUUUGAUUUCGAUUGAGGGUGUAUACCCAUGCUUAUCUUCAGGCGUCGGGAUACCGUUGGAAAAGAGAGUAAUCUCCAAUCUGCCCACGGGUGUUGUUGCGAGACAAGCGCCGGAGAUGACUAGUAAUAAUCCACGGAACGGGGUGCUUCUCAGUCGUAUUCUACUAGCACUAACUAGUAUCUUGUUCCGUGAUGCCGAGGGAGGGAUUCAAGCUUUGCUUCGGGGUCGAGUUUUAAGCGAUGUCAUCAGCGCCGCUGCUGACCUUGCAUUCAACUCACGCCAAAUAUCGGAGGAUGAGAGAUUCAGCGCACGAAAGAUAUUUGACAGGAUCAUUACUGAGUCAUCCACCUCCCUGUUAUUACCAACCCUUUCUUCAUUUCUACAACCAGAUGCAGCACCAUGGUUCAAGGCCAUAAUCUCCAAUCGUGUGUCGAAAAUUGCAUUGCGAGAUGAUGGAGUCGUACACAUCAUAUGGUUCCUUGCAUCUCAGUUUGCACCUGCCCUUGGAGAAGGAGUCUCGGAGCCGUCGCCGAAUGGACCUCCUAUUACUGUCCAGGCUAUCAUGCAAAUCUCCAAGCUCUUAUCAUCUGUGCCGCAAGAUACCGAGCCAUCGUAUUAUUUUGAGACCAUUGGCUCACAGCUUCUGGCCUUGAUUGAUGGCGAAGAACCCGACCUUAAACGAACUGCAGCAUAUGUGGUUGGUAGUGGCAUCUUGGGGAAGAAGACAUAUGGUGCACCGGGCACUAUAGGCCAUUCUAUUUUCGUGGAGCCCUUAUUCAAGGCAAUGACCGCAUCAGUAGAUACAAAUUCUAGCAAGUGGCUUCACUUCUUCGGCCCACAAGGUCAGGAUACCGUGCAGUCGCACACGUCCUCGGCGGAUACCCUUGUCGGAGAGUCAACUCUAUUACUGGCACUGGAUAGAUUGAGUAUCAUGGCUCUGCAGCAUCCAAAUCCAGGGCUUGUCAAACGACUAGUCCAGCCGAUAUUACUUCCCUUGUGGGGACUGAUGUGCUUCACUGAGCCCAAAAAGAAUAAGAAAGUCAUAUACGACAAAUGCUGGGCGCUGCUGCAGACCUUUUUCACUCUAUCUCCGGGCUUUCCUUCCUACCAGAAGUUAACUGACAAUCUUCUCUGGGAUGGAGGCAUCAACUGGACAUAUAAGGAAGGUACUGGCGGCGGUGUUAUCCUGGUCAAACGUGCAGAAUCCGAAUUCGAUAUAAUCAGGCUGCUGGAUGAGCUUGAUCUACAUGCGGACAACUUCUCAAAGCUACUCGGCUGCGACCCACGAAGUGAAGAUCGCACAAGUGAUGUCUUCCUACACGUCAGCGAACGGUGGCUUGUCGACGCAUCAAAACAAGCAGUGGAUGCCCCGAAUCUCUUAGACAAUCUACAAUUAGAUCCUAGGACGGAAUCGAAUGCUAUUGUGGCGAAGUUGGUCAGUGCUAAGAUAGCAGAAAAGCUUCUUAGUGAUUUCAAGGAUACUUUGUCCAAACGGCCAUUGAAGAUUCUCGAGCUCGCGCAACAGAUCAUACAAAGCGAACUGAAAGCAAUGAAUGAAAGAGAUCGAAGGAGAAGAAUACGUGAAAGUGGAAAGGUUUCUCUUGAGUCUUUAGCCAACAUAGCGAGACCUGUUGAUGUGCAGGCGGCUUCAAAUGAAGACGACGAUCAGAAUACAUCAGAAACUCUAUCCGCUACUUUCAGUCUCCUAUCUAGCAUCUUGGCCUCCCCCGAAUUCUCCAUGUCGCGAUCAUUACUUCCCCUGCUGGAAGACAUAAAGACGCAAUUAGAUGAAUUGCGUCCGACCCUUACACCUGCUCUAUCUAAAUCAAGUUUUACAGCUUCUAUGUUACUGGAAAUCCAGAUACAGUCACCUGAUGGAACACAACAGACAAACGAGUCGGCUCCACAGCAAAAUACCGACCUUGACAUGCACCGUCAGGCAUUGAAAGAUAUUACAUCUCCUCUUCCACCAGUGCAGGCAGAGGGUCUUUCACUACUAUCAAAACUCAUCUCAAAGUCCUCACCAGUACUCGACAUACCUUCCACAAUGACCCUUCUACUAUCCAUCAUAACCGGUCAAACUUCUGAGACUGCCGCAAGCGAAGAAUUUAUUUAUUUGAACGCAAUCAAACUCAUUGGUCAGCUAGCAUCAAACCACCCACGCACAGUUGUCAAGACACUCGUAGACCAGUACGCGGAUAAAGGCGAGGAAAGAACACUAGACCAACGACUAAAAAUUGGAGAGUCAUUACUCCGCACAGUUGAGGACCUAGGGAAAGCUCUGACCGGCGAGGCCGCACGCACAAUUGGCGAAGGCACGAUAUCCGUCGCUAGCCGACGCGGAUCCAAACCUCAAACCCAGAAGGCUCGAAGGGAGCAGGUCGCGAAAGAAGCACGAGAAAAGGAGCGCAAGAAGAGAGAAAAUAGCAUCAAUCUACCAGAUGGUUGGAAAGUGUCGUCACCUGCGUUACAUGUUACCCCGGAUAUCGAGACACUAGUUCCAGACAAUGGAGACUCUGACAACGAGACCCCUGAGCAAGCAGCUCAUACAGCAAACAUCAUAUCAGCCUGGGCUGCCGGCGCAGCCACAGACAUCGAACCAGACGAUAUCCGCGUCAGAGCUUCAGCUAUCUCCAUCCUCGCAAGCGCAAUUCAAACAAACCUAGCCGGCCUGGGGCCAUCUCUCGCAUCUUCAGCCGUCGACCUUGCCCUCUCAACCAUGAGACUCGAAACCGGUCCCGAGAGCGCCAUCUUACGACGCGCCAGCGCCGUUCUACUACUCGAUUUGAUCAAAGCUAUGGAUGCGGAUAUGCAGAAUGGGUCCAAGAAACUCGGUUUCGGCUUCUCUGUUGACUCUUCUUCAUCCACUGAUGGACUAGCUCCGUCACUGGGUCCAGCUACAAUCGGCAAUAUACCGUCUAUUUUGAAUACGUUGACAUAUGUGGAAAGUCGGGAGACUGAUUUCGUAGUUAGGAGUCAUAUACGUGCGUUAGUGGAAGAUUUGGAGACAUGGAUGGAAAAGAGUUUGUUAUGGGGGAUCAAUGCGCAGUCAUCUAUGAGCCAGGACGGUGAUUUACGAUUGGGAGAUAGGAUUGCUGGGUUGAAUAUCAACCCGCUUGCUGCGAGCAGCUCUACACAAAAGCCUAGAAUUGAAGAAAUUGAGUAGGAAGGUAAUGAUCAAAAGAUGGGUAUUUUCUUAAUUUGUAUGUCAAACACGGCCCAUU